AUGCAGAAAGGUUUCGGCUGCCAUGAAUACAAUUUGUUCAGCAGCGAGGAGACUGUUGAUGGUAUGCAACCCCUCUUCUGGUCUGGCGUGAUGAUCCAUGACUCGGAACCUAUCGGUUUCUGGAAAGCCAAAUCAAGCAGAUAUGCAAACCUCAAUUCGGCUAUCAAGGCAUUUGAGGAGCUAAAGGGAAUAGCUCCUUACGAGUUCCGAGCAAAGUUCGGUUGUGAUUGUCGUGAGGCACUUGCUGGCGGUGAUCAUGAUGGCACAGCCUGA